CAUCAUUUUGCUAAAACUGGUGACCAACACGCCAUUUACAAUCUCUUACGUAACAGUAACCAUCUUUAUACUACCUACAUAUACAUAUACACAUUCUAUAUUUCACUUGCCAUUUUUCAUGUAACUUUGUAAUUUGUAUAGUCUGCUACUCCCUCUCUCUCUUCUCCUCUUAUCACUGCAUAUUUGCUACGCCGGCGCCGGCGACGGAGAUUGAGAUUGCGGUGUAAUGACGGAGAACUUGAAGUUGUAAAAGCAAUUGACAAUGCCGGAGCUAGGAUUUCAGGAUUCGAGAUCGGUUCGUGAUGUUAGUCCGGACUCUGUUAUUUUCACCGGCGAUUCUAAUUUCAGCAUCUUCUCUUCUGUUUCCGGUAGCGUUGACCGGUGUUCAUUCGCUUCCGAUGCUCAUGAUCAGGAUUCCUCCGUUUCUGAUGCUUCUAAUAAUUUGGCAGGGCGUGAAUGCCGUGAAGCUUCGGGUGGUACAGUUGCAGAUCCAAACAAAGCAAAGGUACACAGAAAUAGUCACCUUAGCAGAAAGGAAAAAGCAAAAGUUCAAAAGGCAGAGAAGAACAACGAGAUUGACACAGAGGAUGAAAAUCUGUAUUUAGAUUCCGCAAGAAGCUCCUUUUCUCAAGCUCUUAAAGAAUGUCAAGACCGGAGGUUUGGGUCAGGAUCUCUAUUGAAGAAACCAGAUAGGCGAAGACCUGCUUCAUUAGAUCUAAACAAUGCUGUGAUAAAUACCUGUCAUUCUUCUUCUCCGCGUUUUGGAGUCAUGAAGAAGACUCCCAUUACGACUAGCCGAGUUGGCACAUUUCCAAGUCCUAGAACGCCAAAUUAUCGUCAUUCCAGUGUUGGGGUUCAAAAAGGGUGGAGUUCAGAACGUGUGCCGUUGCAUCCAGCUGCUAAUAGGAGGCAGGUAAAUACUGCAUUGCUGCCUUAUAAUAAUGGAAGGGCAUUACCUUCCAAAUGGGAAGAUGCAGAGAGGUGGAUAUUUAGCCCGGUCUCAGGAGAUGGUUCUGUUAGAAAUUCAUUACAGCAGCCACAAAGGCGGCCUAAAUCCAAAAGCGGGCCUCUUGGUCCUCCUGGUCUAGCUUACUAUUCAAUGUAUUCUCCUGCACCACCUGUUUUUAAGGGAGGAAAUGGUGGUAAUCUGUUAGCCAAUUCCCCCUUUUCAACCGGAGUGAUGACAAAUGAUGGUUUGUCAAUUCGAUGUGGAGGCAACCUGGGCAGUGAAAACUUCCAUGCGCUCACAGAACCAUGCAUGGCAAGGUCCGUUAGCGUACAUGGAUGCUCUGAACUGGUCUGUUUAUCGACCUUGCCUAGUUCCCAAGAUGCGAGUGGGGAUGAUAUUCAAGAUGCAGACAAUGGGGUGUCACGAGUUAUCUCGAGGAGGGAUAUGGCCACUCAAAUGAGCCCCGAGGGAAGCCCUUCCUCAUCUCCCAUAAGACAGUCAUCCUUCUCUCCUUCAACUCCAUCUAUUCUACCACUUGUAGAAUUGCAGAGUGUGCCUUCUUCUAAAGCAGAAAUUAGAGAUGUUCCCAUUGAUGAGCGGGUUACAGUGACCAGGUGGUCAAAGAAACAGAAAGCUCGAAUUCCAGGUAGGAGCAUGGAGCUUGAUGACUGGAAAAGGAAAGCUAUGGAAAUCCGGUCUUCAGGUUGGGAUGUUUCAGACACAUCAACAAGUAUUUCAAAGAUUAAGAGGGAAGAAGCGAGAAUCACUGCAUGGGAGAACCUGCAAAAGGCAAAAGCAGAGGCAGCAAUGAGGAAACUAGAGAUGAAACUGGAGAAAAAGAGAUCGUCAUCCAUGGAUAAGAUUAUGAAUAAACUUAGGUCGGCACAGAAAAAGGCCCAUGAAAUGAGAAGCUCAAUGUUAGCCAACCAAUCACAUGAAGUAACAAGAUCAUCCAGCAAGGCUUUAUCUUUCCGUCGUACACGUCAAAUAGGGUCUCUGAGUGGCUGCUUUACAUGCCAUGCAUUUUGAUUUUACAACUUACAACCACCCUCUAUAUAUCAGAUCAUUUAAUUCUGAUAAUAAGUGGCAUUGAUUUGAAAAUGGUACUUUCAAGGCUGCUUUCCGGAAAGCAGUGCUGUAGGGUAAUCGAAUUCCCCCCCUGUAUGAUGGUAUCUGCCUACUGAAUAGUUUACGUCAGAAGCAUGAACAGAAUGAAAAGUUUCCAUUGUCCAUGGAUGUUGAAGUGCAACUCAAGUUCCAUCUUGAUGCUCCAAUUACAAGGGUUAUUUUUUGUCCUACUUCAAGCACCUAUAUCUUCAAAAUCUCGUUGCUCUAUAAGAUUCUAAAAACAUCUCCUAUGAUUCGAUCUGUAUGUAAUGAAUUUACCAAUAAUCCAUGAGCUCUUUUAAAUU